UGCAUUUCCCUUUUGGGAGCACAAGUAACCAGUCAGGCAACUGGUAAAUCCAGUCAAAUCGAACGUGAGCCGUUUUCUGCUUUAAUAAUUCAGAUAUAAAGAUAGAAGAACGGACAACGAACAAGAACGAACAACGAACCUUCCGAAUUUGAAGUGCUCCAGCCGGCGGCAACUCCCGAUUGCCCAAUCAGCCUAUUCCCGAGUGUCUCACUGCUGUUCAAAGCGCCCUAUUGAUAACAUGGAGGUGAAAGGAUGUCCCUGUGUGACAAAGGCAAAUCUGCCAGCCUCUGGUAAUGGAGCUAACCAAGGAUCUGGACAACAAGGUCCACAGCCGGGCGGACCGCCCGAUGCCCGUCGUCGGCCAUGCGGUCCAGAUCCAUGUGGAACAGAAAUGUGCCCCACUACCAAGUCGAAGGGUUAUGCAGGUGGUGCCCCUGGUGCUGGAACUGGCGGACAUGGCGUUGGCCCGAACGACACGCCCGGCGGAGACCCUUACGGUGCACCUGGCGGCGGUCGCAACGGUGGACCUGGAAUGGGUCCUGAUGGGCGUGGCGGCCCCAGAACUGGCGGAUAUACUGACGGUCGUAGCGGCGGCACAGACAAUGAAGGACCCUAUGGCAAAGGAUAUAACGAUGGUCGUGGCGGCGACACAGACAAUGAUGAUGCCCGUGCCGAUGACGAUGCAUAUGGCGUCGGUCCAACAGCUAAAGGAUAUAAAGAUGGACGUGGCCGUGGUCAAUACGAUGAUCGUGGUCAGGGCGAAGGAAAGGAAGGAAAAAUGGGUCUGUGCAUAGCUGUGGCACUCUUCUCCGUUGGAGUCGCAACGACCAUCAGUCUAGGAGUUGCGGCCAAUGAGCUGGGCUAGGAUCGCCAGAAAGGAUCGAAUACAAAUCUCAGAUAAACACAGAAUCCAGAACACACCCAAUACAGGAUACAACCAAUCCAAGCAUCAAACUACAGUCAGGCGUUUUGUUCGCAAUUAAAAUUCUAAAUUCCA